UUUUUCAUCCAUUGAAAAGAUAAUAAGUGUAUUUCAUCUAAAACAAGAAUCUGAUUCAACUCCUAUACUACUAGUCCUUUAGGUUUCCGCCGUCUGUUGCCACGGAGCUGGUCGAGCUUUACAAGCAUCUCGGCAUAGAGAAUCUCGUUCCAAGUAUCAGGAACCCCUGGGAGGCACCAGUGACUGCAGUCUUGGUACAACAACGGUGAUUUGCUUUCUUCUGCAGUAAAUUUCUGUCUCCUAUAAACAGACAGAGUGAGCGUCCUUCCUGUAGUCUGUUAACCUCGUGAUGUUGAGAUGCGUGACCGGCGUGUGUAGCUUGCUUACCUACCAAUUUAUACUCAUGCUUGUAUUGCAAGGAAAGGUACUAUCGUGUCGUGAUCACCAUUGUUUCACGAAAAAUGUAUAAACGAUUUGACGCUUGUAAAAACAAACAAACUUACAGCUGCUCUUGUGUCACUUGGUAUAUCAGCAAGUGGAUAAUUCUUGAAUAAGAGAAACUAUCUAGCUGUGUAUUAUAAAGGAACUCAACCAAAGAUUCACCUUCCUGGUUCUCUAUGCUACUUAGGAAGAGAUUAAUUCCCUACAUGUUGACAUCAAGGCAAAGAAUGGCCAGAUGAUUGCCACGUUGGAGAAACAAAUCUUGGUUUUGGUAUGAGGCACUGGAUAAAUCUGACAUCGUGCAGUACUUAUUCAUCCUUCUUUUUUCUUCUGUUUACACUCUAUGAAGUUGUUUCUCUGCAAAUAUUAGAGUUUGGGCAAAGGCCAAACCAUACUAACGAUGAAGCCAAUAGUAUGAUCUACGCUUCGUCUCAUCCUUUUAUCCAGGAACAACUCAAUCAAAAGACAUGUGAAUAUGAAGUUGCAAACCUAAAGCAGCAACUCUCUAAUUCGCUGGAACUAGCACAGGAAAAAGAGGUGAAACUGAAAGCUAAGGAACUAAGCGAAUCAAAGGAUCAACUAGAACCACCGUAACAGGAAAAACUCGCAGAAGAUAAUUCAAGUCUCGCAUCAGCAGCUGAGCUCAAGGCAUUAUCCG